UUGUUGCUGAGGCGCGUUCACUGUCACAGAUAGCACGGCUCACCUGGACUUUCACUGCCAUGGACUUAACCCGGGAUAGCGCUGUGGAAAUGAUCCUGUGCUGACCCACUUCGGCCCGCAUUCUUCCUCCUCUUUGUGCCGCCGUGUUUCUUUAGCACCAGGUGUCGUCCACUCUGAGGAACCAUGUCGGAUAAGAUGUCCAGUUUCCUCCACAUUGGGGACAUUUGCUCCCUGUACGCUGAGGGAUCCACCAGUGGAUUUAUCAGCACUUUAGGGCUUGUGGAUGACCGAUGUGUGGUGCAACCGGACACAGGCGACCUCAACAACCCACCCAAGAAAUUCAGAGAUUGCCUUUUCAAACUGUGUCCCAUGAACAGAUAUUCGGCUCAGAAACAGUUCUGGAAGGCGGCGAAACCCGGAGGAAACAGCACCACCGACACCGUCCUCCUCAACAAACUCCACCAUGCCGCUGACCUGGAGAAGAAACAGAAUGAGUCUGAAAACCGCAAGCUGCUGGGAACCGUCAUCCAGUAUGGAAAUGUUAUUCAGUUGCUGCACUUGAAAAGCAAUAAAUACCUGACGGUGAACAAGCGCCUACCUGCGCUGCUGGAGAAGAAUGCCAUGAGGGUGACGUUGGACUCGGCGGGAAAUGAGGGCUCCUGGUUCUACAUCCAGCCCUUCUACAAGCUCCGGUCCCUGGGAGACAGUGUGGUGAUUGGAGAUAAAGUGGUCCUUAACCCUGUCAAUGCAGGUCAGCCUCUACACGCCAGCAGCCACCAGCUGGUCGACAACCCAGGAUGCAACGAGGUUAAUUCUGUAAAUUGUAACACAAGUUGGAAAGUGGUUCUGUUCAUGAAAUGGAGCGACAACAAGGAAACGAUACUCAAAGGGGGUGACGUGGUCAGGUUGUUCCACGCAGAACAGGAAAAGUUCCUGACUUGUGACGACCACAGGAAGAAACAGUACGUUUUCCUCAGAACGACCGGCCGGCAGUCGGCUACGUCUGCCACCAGCAGCAAAGCACUCUGGGAAGUAGAGGUGGUCCACCAUGACCCAUGCAGAGGGGGGGCAGGGUACUGGAACAGCCUGUUCAGGUUCAAACACCUGGCCACAGGAUGUUACCUGGCUGCAGAGGUCGGGGAGGUGAACCCAGACUUUGAGGAGGAGAGCGCGGAGCAGCGAUCCUCGGUGGUGGACUUUACACCCUUUAAUUUCCAGUUGGAUGCAGAUAAUGAAGCUCUGAGAGGUCGUCUCCGGGCGCCACAAGAGAAGAUCAUGUACACCCUGGUGCCGGUUCCAGACGGCAUGGAUAUAUCCUCCAUCUUUGAGCUGGACCCGACCACUCUGAGGGGAGGGGACUCCAUGGUGCCCAGGAGUUCCUACGUGAGGCUACGACAUUUAUGCACCAACACGUGGGUUCACAGCACCAACAACCCCAUCGACAAAGAGGAGGAAAAACCUGUGAUGUUACGGAUUGGAACGUCAGCAGUGAAAGAAGAUAAAGAAGCGUUCGCCAUUGUGCCAGUGCCUCCAGCUGAAGUGCGGGAUUUAGACUUCGCCAACGAUGCCAGUAAAGUGUUGGCGUCUAUCGCCGGGAAACUGGAGAAAGGAACGAUAACGCAGAAUGAAAGGAGGUUUGUGACCAAACUCCUGGAGGAUCUAGUUUUCUUUGUGGUCGACAUCCCUAACAGCGGGCAGGAUGUUUUGGAGAUCAUGGUCAACAAACCCAACAGAGAACGACAGAAACUCAUGAGAGAACAAAACAUCCUGAAGCAGAUUUUCAAGCUGCUCCAGGCCCCGUUCACAGACAGCGGUGAUGGACCCAUGCUGCGGCUGGAGGAGCUCGGAGACCAGCGCCACGCUCCGUUCAGGCACAUCUGCAGGCUGUGUUACAGAGUCCUGCGCCAUUCACAGCAGGACUACAGGAAGAACCAGGAAUACAUCGCUAAACAAUUCCGCUUCAUGCAGAAACAGAUCGGAUACGACGUCCUGGCAGAAGAUACCAUCACCGCUCUGCUGCACAACAACCGGAAGCUGCUGGAGAAACACAUCACGGCUGCUGAGAUAGACACAUUCGUUACUCUAGUGAGGAAGAACCGGGAGCCGAGGUUUCUGGACUACCUGUCUGAUCUCUGCGUUUCCAUGAACAAAUCCAUCCCUGUAACGCAGGAGUUGAUCUGCAAUGCCGUGCUGGACCCGGCCAACGCCGACAUCCUCAUUGAAACCAAAUUGGUCCUGUCCAGGUUUGAGAUUGAGGCGACACCGAACGGGGAGAAUCCUUUGGAGGCGGAGGAUGAGGAGGAGGUGUGGCUGUUCUGGAAAGACAACUGUAAGGAGAUCAGGAGUAAGAGCAUCAGGGAACUGGCCCAGGACGCCAAGGAGGGCCAGAAGGAAGACCAGGAGGUGGUCAGUUACUACAGGUGUCAGCUGAACCUGUUUGCCAGGAUGUGUCUGGACCGUCAGUACCUGGCCAUCAAUAAGAUCUCGGGUCAGCUGGAUGUGGAUCUGAUCCUUCGCUGUAUGUCCGAUGAAGACCUGCCCUUUGACCUCCGCGCAUCCUUCUGCCGCCUGAUGCUGCACAUGCACGUCGACCGAGACCCUCAGGAACAGGUCACUCCUGUCAAAUACGCUCGUCUGUGGUCCGAGAUUCCCUCCAAAAUUGCGAUUGACGACUACGACAACGACGGAACCUCCAGGGAUGAAAUCAAAGAGCGGUUCUGCCUCACCAUGGACUUUGUGGAAAAUUACCUGCGGGAGGUGGUUUCACAAAACAUUCCCUUCUCUGACAAGGAGAAAAACAAGCUCACCUUCGAGGUCGUAAACUUGGCGAGAAACCUCAUCUACUUCGGUUUCUACAACUUCAGCGACCUGCUCCGACUGACGAAGAUAUUACUGAACAUUUUAGACUGUGUUCAUGUCAGCACCAUCUACCCCAUAAACAAGAUGGAGAAGGGCGAGGAAAACAAAGGAGGCAGUAAUGUGAUGAAGUCCAUCCACGGUGUCGGCGAGCUGAUGACCCAGGUGGUUCUGCGAGGGGGCGGGUUGUUGCCGACCACGCCCACUCAUCAGCCUGAGGGCGACGUGGUUAAAACCCAGACGGAGCCGGAGAGAGAAGACAUCAUGGUCAUGGACACGAAGCUGAAGAUCAUCGAGAUCCUGCAGUUCAUUCUGAACGUACGACUCGACUACAGAAUCUCUUGCCUGCUCUGCAUCUUUAAACGCGAGUUCGAUGAGAACAACCAACAGGCUGAAACCACCACUGUCCAGAAUGGAACCAAUAAUGUGGCGGGUCAGAUGCCCGGAAAUCUGGACUUUGAGAACAUCGAGGAACAGGCUGAGGGGAUCUUUGGAGGAAGUGAGGAGAAUACUCCGCUGGACCUGGAUGACCACGGCGGCCGGACCUUCCUCAGAGUCCUGCUGCACCUGACCAUGCACGACUACCCCCCCCUCGUGUCCGGAGCCCUUCACCUGCUCUUCAGGCACUUCAGCCAGAGACAGGAAGUCCUCAUGGCUUUUAAACAGGUCCAGCUGCUGGUGACCAGUCAGGACGUGGACAACUACAAGCAGAUCAAGUCCGACCUCGACCAGCUGAGAUCGAUUGUGGAGAAAUCUGAACUGUGGGUUUAUAAGAGACAAGGAGAAGAUGGGAUGGAUGGAGAUGGACCGUCAGAGUCUGAUAGCAAAAAGAAGUGCGAUUCUCUGGACAAGAAGAAAACAGAAAGCACCAGCAGCUACAACUACAGGGUUGUUAAAGAGAUCCUGCUGAGGCUCAGUAAGCUGUGUGUCCAGGAGGGAAGUUCAGGGAAGAAGAGUAAGAAGCAGCAGCAGAGGUUACUGAGGAACAUGGGAGCUCACAGUGUGGUCCUGGAGCUCCUACAGAUCCCAUAUGAAAAGGGUGAGGACGUCCGAAUGCAGGAGAUCAUGAAACUGGCUCACGAGUUCCUGCAGAACUUCUGUGCAGGGAAUCAGCAGAACCAGGCUCUCCUGCAUAAGCAUAUAAACCUCUUUCUGAACCCGGGGAUCCUGGAGGCUGUCACCAUGCAGCACAUCUUCAUGAACAACUUCCAGCUCUGCAGUGAAAUCAACGAGCGCGUGGUUCAACACUUCGUCCACUGCAUCGAGUCUCACGGUCGACACGUCCAGUAUCUCAAGUUCCUGCAGACGAUCGUAAAAGCCGAAAACAAGUUCAUUAAGAAGUGUCAGGACAUCGUUAUGGCCGAGCUGGUGAACUCUGGCGAGGACGUUCUGGUGUUCUACAACGACCGCGCCUCCUUCCAGACGCUGGUCCAGAUGAUGCGAUCUGAGCGGGACCGUAUGGAUGAAAACAGCCCGCUGAUGUACCACAUCCACCUGGUGGAGCUGCUCGCCGUCUGCACCGAGGGCAAGAACGUCUACACGGAGAUCAAAUGCAACUCACUGCUUCCCCUGGAUGAUAUCGUACGGGUGGUCACACAUGAAGACUGCAUCCCCGAGGUGAAAAUCGCUUAUAUCAACUUCCUGAACCACUGCUACGUGGACACCGAGGUGGAGAUGAAGGAGAUUUACACCUCCAACCACAUGUGGAAGCUGUUUGAGAACUUCCUGGUGGACAUUUGUCGGGUGUGCAACAACACCAGCGACAGGAAGCAUGCGGACACCAUGCUGGAGCGUUAUGUAACUGAGACAGUCAUGAGCAUUGUCACGUGUUUCUUCAGCUCGCCUUUCUCUGACCAGAGCACGAGUCUGCAGAUGGCCCGGUAUAUGUAUGCGGCCUUUCUCGGAAAGAUAUCGGAGACUCGUCAGCCGGUCUUUGUGCAGCUGCUUCAGGGUGUGUUCAGGGUUUAUCACUGUAACUGGCUGAACCCUGUUCAGAAGGCAUCAGUGGAGGCCUGUAUUAAAGUCCUGUCAGACGUAGCUAAGAGCAGAGCCAUCGCCAUCCCGGUGGACCUGGACAGUCAGGUCAACAACCUGUUUGUCAAGUCCAAUAACGUGGUUCAGAAGAGCAUCCUGAACUGGAGGCUGUCGGCCAAGAACACCUCCAGACGAGACUCCGGCAUCACCACCUCCAAAGACUACAGGAAUAUUAUCGAGAGGCUGCAGGACAUCGUGUCGGCGUUGGAGGAUCGUCUGAGGCCUCUGGUCCAGGCUGAACUCUCGGUGUUGGUGGACGUCCUGCAUCGUCCAGAGCUGCUCUUCCCCGAGAACACGGACGCUCGCAAAAAAUGCGAAAGCGGAGGUUUCAUAUCGAAACUGAUCAAACACACCAAACAGCUCCUGGAGGAGAACGAGGAGCGCUUGUGCAUUAAAGUCCUGCAGACCUUAAGGGAAAUGAUGACCAAGGAUCGCGGCUACGGAGAAAAGCUGAUUGCCUUUGAUGAUGAGAUGGAUGUGGCUGAGCUGGCACCUCCACCAGAUCCUGAAGUCCCCGCUGAGGAGCUUGAUCCCAACCUGCCACAGAAGCAACUGGAGGAUCAGAGGAGGGGGGAAGCUCUGCGCCAGAUCUUGGUCAAUCGAUAUUACGGGAAUGUCAAACCUGGACAGCGACGUGACAGUCUGACGACCUUCAGCAACGGUCCAAUCACUCCCAGCGCUCAAGGAAAAUCCCCCACAGUGGUCAGCUCUGGCAUCGGCGGUCGCGGGGAGCUGAGUUUGGCCGACGUCCAGUGCCACCUGGACAAAGAAGGAGCCUCCGACCUGGUCAUCGACCUCAUCAUGAACGCCACCAGCGACCGGAUCUUCCAGGAGAGCAUUCUGCUGGCCAUAGCGCUGCUGGAGGGUGGGAACACGGUCAUCCAGCGUUCGUUCUACCAGCGUUUAACGGGCGACAACAAGUCUGAAAAGUUCUUCAAGGUGUUUUAUGAGCGGAUGAAGUUGGCCCAGCAGGAGAUUAAAGCCACGGUGACAGUCAACACCAGUGACCUGGGCAGCAAGAAGAAGGACGAGGAGCCGCCGGACAAAGACACACCGGCACGAAAGAAAGUCAAAGAUGUCCCCAUGGUGGCAGUCGUCACCGAGGAGGUGAAGGAGCAGCUGGUCGAAGCCACCGCCGUCACCAAAAAGGCCUUCACCACAUACCGCCGUGAGGCCGAGGCCGAGGAGCACCAGGCGGCGGCAGACGGCGCCCCCCUCCCGAGCGCCGAUAAGAGCCAGGAGGAAGGCGAGAUGAGCGUCAUCAUCACCAUCAUGCAGCCCAUCCUGCGCCUCAUGCAGCUGCUCUGUGAGAACCACAACAGAGACCUGCAGAAUUUUCUGCGCAACCAAAACAACAAGAACAACUAUAACCUGGUGUGUGAGACGCUUCAGUUCCUGGACUGUAUCUGCGGCAGCACCACCGGAGGGCUGGGGCUUCUGGGACUUUACAUCAACGAGAAGAACGUGGGCCUCAUCAACCAGACCGUGGAGAGUCUGACUGAGUACUGCCAGGGUCCCUGUCACGAGAACCAGAACUGCAUCGCCACUCAUGAAUGCAACGGUAUCGACAUCAUCAUCGCCCUCAUCCUCAAUGACAUCAAUCCCCUCGGAAAGAAGAGGAUGGACCUGGUCCUGGAACUCAAAAAUAACGCUUCCAAGCUGCUUCUCGCUAUAAUGGAGAGUCGUCACGACAGCGAGAACGCCGAGAGGAUUCUGUACAACAUGAGGCCCAAAGAGCUGGUGGAAGUGAUAAAAAAGGCCUACAUGCAGGGUGAGAUCGAGGUGGAGGAGCCAGCGGAGGGAGAGGACGGAGAGGAGGAGCAUUCAGCAUCUCCACGCAACGUCGGACACAACAUCUAUAUCUUAGCACAUCAGUUAGCGCGUCACAACAAGGAACUGCAGGCCAUGUUGAAGCCCGGUGGGACGUACGGAGAAGGCGACGAGGCCCUGGAGUUUUACGCCAAACACACGGCUCAGAUUGAGAUCGUCCGACUCGAUCGCACCAUGGAGCAGAUCGUCUUCCCCGUCCCCAACAUCUGCGAGUUUCUUACCCAGGAGUCCAAGCUUCGUGUCUAUUACACCACAGAACGGGACGAACAAGGCAGUAAGAUUAAUGACUUCUUCUUGCGUUCUGAGGACCUCUUCAAUGAGAUGAACUGGCAGAAGAAGCUGCGAGGUACUCAAGAGGCCACUGGUAACACAAACACCGUUCCCUCCCAGCCCAUCCUCUACUGGUGCUCCAGGAACAUGUCCUUCUGGAGCAGCAUCUCCUUCAACCUGGCUGUGCUCAUGAACCUGCUCGUGGCCUUUUUCUACCCACUGGAAGGAGUCCGUGGAGGUACUCUGGAGCCCCACCUCUCCGCCCUCCUCUGGAUGGCCAUGCUGGUUUCCUUGGCAAUCGUCAUCGUCCUGCCUCAGCCUCACGGCAUCCGGGCGCUCAUCGCCUCCACCAUCCUGCGCCUCAUCUUUUCUGUCGGACUAGAGCCCACGUUACUGCUGCUCGGGGGUUUUAAUUUAUGUAACAAAGUCAUCUUCCUGAUGAGCUUCGUUGGGAACCGUGGAACCUUUACUCGCGGCUACAAAGCCAUGAUCAUGGACGUGGAGUUCCUGUAUCACCUGCUCUACCUGAUCAUCUGUAGCUUGGGGGUCUUUGUCCAUGUGUUCUUUUACAGCCUGCUGCUGUUUGAUCUGGUUUACCGUGAGGAGACCCUGCUGAACGUGAUCAAGAGCGUAACCCGCAAUGGCCGCUCGAUCGUCCUCACCGCCGUGCUGGCUCUCAUCCUCGUCUACCUCUUCUCCAUUGUGGGCUACAUCUUCUUUAAAGACGAUUUCAUUCUGGCUGUGGACAGGAUACCCAAUAAAACACUAGAGCAUGGGGCGAGUAUGGUGGGGGAGUUCUUCUCUGGCGGAGUUUGUCAGAAAGAAAACGGAGAAAACUGUUCAACAGAAGGCGUGAUGGAUGGUACGUGGACAGAAGUGAAAGCGUCCCUCGCCGUCCAGCCGUCGGCCGUGGUGAUCGAGGACAAGGAGCGGACAUGUGACUCCCUCCUCAUGUGCAUCGUCACUGUGUUGAGUCACGGCCUGAGGAGUGGAGGAGGUGUCGGAGACGUCCUGCGGAAACCGUCCAAAGAGGAGCCGCUCUUCGCCGCCAGAGUCAUCUACGACCUGCUCUUCUUCUUCAUGGUCAUCAUCAUCGUCCUCAACCUCAUCUUCGGUGUCAUCAUCGACACGUUCGCCGACUUGAGGAGCGAGAAACAGAAAAAGGAGGAAAUCCUGAAGACGACUUGUUUUAUUUGCGGUCUUGAGCGAGAUAAGUUCGACAAUAAGACGGUCACGUUCGAGGAGCACAUUAAGGUGGAACACAACAUGUGGCACUACCUGUUCUUCAUCGUCCUGGUGAAGGUGAAGGAUUCGACCGAGUACACGGGCCCCGAGAGCUACGUGGCCGAAAUGAUCAGGGACCAUAACUUGGACUGGUUUCCUCGGAUGCGUGCCAUGUCGUUGGUGAGCAGCGAUGCCGACGGCGAACAGAACGAGAUCCGGAACCUGCAAGAGAAGCUGGAGUCGACCAUGAAGCUGGUGUCCAACCUGUCGGGUCAGCUGACCGAGCUCAAGGAACAGAUGACAGAACAGAGGAAGCAGAAGCAGCGGAUCGGCCUGUUGGGACACCCUCAGCACAUGAACGUCAACCCCCAGCAGCCCGCGUAGGACCGAGCGGCUCGGUGGCCACGGCGGCGUGUUGCACGUAACAUAACCUGCACUGAGUGUGAGUGUAACUUGUAACGGUAGGGAAACACUGUAACUUAGCUAGUCAUAAGGCGAUGUGUAGCUCUACCCCACGCAUGUGUUACUGUAAACUGUAACACCCGGCCCGUUCGGUCUGUUUGGUGCCAAAUGUUUUCUACGUAGACAAAAAAAAAACAAAAAAAAAACACCACCAACAAAAAAAAAAAAAAAAAACUCAUCACAUGGCCUUUACUAGUUAACACACAACAAAUCUGACUGGACGUUUGUUGUUCUGUUUUUUUUUAAUGUGAUUUAAUUUAUUUAAUUUUUUUUUUUUUUUUAUAUAUAUAUAUAUUUCCGGCCUGAAUAGCAGUAUUAAAUGUCUUAUUUUUGUAUGUUGUGCAAUAUAUAAACUUAAAUAUGCAACCUCAUCGGUGAUCCAUUCCGAAUUACGUCGUAUUAAAAGCCAAUGUUACCUUCACUGUCACCGGAUAUAAUAGGGAGUUUAUGAUUGUCUUUACUUAAACUAAUGUAGAGAUAAUAUUUAAUAAGCUGGCCUUCUCUAUUUUACUUUUCUCCUCUUAUUUCUCGAAAAAAAAAACAUGUACUUUUGGGUGUAACGUGCACUCAUUAGAGGUAGUAUAUUGUGCGAGAGCAAUAUAUACGAAUAGUUUUCUUAUUUUACGCUAAUUUUUUCCUCGUUAUUUAACUGAUUUAGAUUGUUGUCGGGACCGUCCGUCAGAUACAGAUGCUUUUACAUUUUGCUCAGGAGCUGUGGAACUUGUAUUUAUUUGCGUUAGAUUUCCUCACUUUCCAUACGUGCCUGUUUUUUGUUUUUUUUUGUUUUUUUGUUUUGUUUUUUCCCUCAUUUCGACUCUGUUCGCUUGAUGUCCUCAUUCAGAUGUCACGCUACAGUUGGAUUUUUUUUUUGUACGACUUUGAAUUUGUCGCUUGUCUUUGCUUUUGUAUAGAAAAUGAGAUGAAUGUUAAGAUUAAUUAAAAUACGAAGCACAGUCCAUUUGUAUAUUAAAGUAGAAUUAUUUAUUAAAACUCAUGUGUUUA